CUGCAGAGCCGCCGCCAGCAGCUGGAGCAGCAGGCUGGUCUGGGGAGGCAGCAGCCUCCUCCAGCUCAGGGCAGACGUCGGCAUGGCCCUCCUGACACACCUGCUGGUCUGCACCUUCGGGAUGGGCUCCUGGGUGGCCAUCAACGGGCUCUGGGUAGAGCUGCCCCUGCUGGUGAUGGAGCUGCCCGAGGGCUGGUUCCUGCCCUCCUACCUGACGCUGGUCAUCCAGCUGGCCAACAUCGGCCCCCUCCUGGUCACCCUGCUCCAUCGCUUCCGGCCCGGCUGCCUUUCCGACGUGCCUGUCAUUUUCACCUUGCUGGGUGUGGGCACCGUCACCUGCCUCCUCUUCGCCUUCCUCUGGAAUGUCACCUCCUUGCUGCAGGGCAAGAGCUACAGUAUCAUCUUCCUCGUCCUCACCUUAUUCCUGGCCCUGGUGGACUGCACCUCCUCCGUCACCUUCCUGCCCUUCAUGAGCCGGCUGCCCACCCGCUAUGUCACCACCUUCUUUGUGGGUGAAGGACUCAGCGGGCUCCUGCCUGCCCUGCUGGCCCUUGCCCAGGGCUCGGGUCUCACCACCUGCUCCAACGUCACUGACUCAUCUGGCACCACCCCGCACCCUGUGACCACCAGGGGGACCAACACCACACAGGGAGAUAACAGCAUUUUGAUGUCCACCCUCCCCGGGACAGCACCCUCCGUGGCCCAACUGGAAACCCGCUACCUCCCCGCCCACUUCUCACCUUUGGUCUACUUCCUCCUGCUCUCCUUCAUGAUGGCCUGCUGCCUCAUCGCGUUCUUUUUCCUCCAGCGUCAACCCAGGCCCUGGAAAUCCUCCACAGAGGACCUCCUCUCCUCCCAGGUCAUCCUCCACUCCAUCCGGCUGCGGGAAGAGCAGGAGCCAGGCCCCCCAGGCCUGGCCGACAGCAGCAGGGGCCAGGGGCAUCUGGAGGAGAAAACGGCCCCCCUCCACCUGGCGCACCUGGCCUUCAUCUACAUCCUGGUGGCCUUUGUGAACGCGCUCACCAACGGCGUACUACCCUCCGUGCAGACCUACUCCUGCCUGUCCUACGGGCCCGUUGCCUACCACCUGUCGGCCACUCUCAGCUCCAUGGCCAACCCCCUCGCCUGCUUCCUCUCCAUGUUCCUGCCUAACAGGUCUCUGCUAUUCCUGGGGGUCCUCUCAGUGCUCGGGACUGGAUUUGGGGCCUACAACAUGGCCAUGGCCGUGAUGAGCCCCUGCCCCCUCUUGUGGGACCACUGGGGUGGAGAAGUCCUCAUCGUGGCCUCGUGGGUGCUGUUCGCCGGCUGCUUGAGCUACGUGAAGGUGAUGCUGGGCACGAUCCUGCGCGACCGCAGCCGCAGCGCUCUCCUGUGGUGCGGGGCGGCGGUGCAGCUGGGCUCGCUGCUCGGCGCGCUGCUCAUGUUUCCGCUGGUCAACGUGCUGAGGCUCUUCUCGUCGGGGGACUCCUGCAGCCUGGAGUGCUCCACCUAGGCCAGCGGCAGGGCCGUGGUGCCUCCCAGGGCCCUGCCCCGCCCCGAGUCCGAACCCCGGAGACUGGGAUCCAGAGAGGCAAGGCGCGUGCUCAAGGUCACAGGGCAAGCGGUGGGGAUCAGGCAGGCAGAGCCUGAGUACUAGAAUCAUCCACACAGACUCCCCGUAGGAACGGCUCGGGAUGCCACAGGCCUCCCACGGGACCCUGAAAUGCAAAGCACAGCCCUGCCCCAACUCUGUGGCACAGCGCCUGGGGUUCCACCAUUUCAGAACUUUCCUCCACUCUUGAGAGAACCCUGACUUGCAGGAGACAGCUGGAGGCAGGCUCAAGGGUGUUAGAAGGCGACGGCUGGGAGGGUGAACUGGCCCUUACAAGCUGUGUGACCUUGGAGAAGUCACUUGAUUUCUCUGUGCCUCUGUUUCCUCAUUCAUGAAACAGGUUUUAAUAAAUAGCACCUACCUCAUAGGUUUAGCACAGGGCAAAAGGGAGAAGCGCCCAGCAUGUAGCCAGCCCUCCUGGGCCUUUUCCUGAUGGCCCCUCCCCACCAACAGUUAUAACAAAAGUGCUGAUCAGCACAGCCCAGAAGUGGCGGAGGGGUUGAGCGAUGACCUUCGCCCCAUGUCCCUUUUCCACUGUCCUCACGGGGGAGCUUCUAGAGGACAGAUGGCUAAUGGUGGAACCUGGGCAUCUUGGCCUCCCGAUUCCCAGUUCGGAGGGACACUGUACCCAGACACCCCUUCCCGCCGCUUCUCCUGGCUCUUGAAGACCUGCUCCUUGCAGAGUAAGUGACCUCCUGGGAAGCAGAGAGAGAUGACUGGGGGAGGGGCCACACCAAGCCUCUGAAAGUGGGUCCCCUCCCCCCUCGCCAAGGCUGAGAACUGGAUUCUGCGGACCCUCCCUUCAACUGGAGGGAGGAGGACGAGCUACAUGAUGGUUACUUUGUUUUCACUUUUUUUAAAUAAACAUUCCUUGCU